AAUUCCAAGUUAAUGAAAAAUGUAUAUACAACAACAAAAACAAUAAUAAAAAAUGAUUCAUUAAUAAAAAUAAUUAUUAUUUAAUUCAUCUUAUCAAAAUUUACAAAUAUUUACAAAAAGAGAAUUUUUUAUUUUACCAAACAAUCAUUUAUAUUUUUUAAUAAUUAAAAUAAAAUAUAGCAUAGAAAAACAAAUACUUUUUUAUAAUAAAUUAUAGUCGAAAUAAAUUAAAGUACUUUAAUUUAUUUAUUACUUUGCAUGUGAGAAAAAUCAAGUGUAAAAAUAAUUAAAUAAGGAAAAAAUAAUUCUUUAAUCAUUCAAGUCAGAGGUCAACAACGAUUCAGAUAAAUAAUUGUAAAAAAUAUUCAGACUCUUACAGUCAACAGUGUGACUUGUUAAGCAGUGCAAAACUGCUCUUGUACUUGGAAAUAUAAAAAAAAAAAAAAAAAAACUACAAAUAAUAAUCUUGUGUAUCUACUGUCAUUGUCUAGUUGCAUAAUCUCAUCAAUUCACUCAGGUGGAAUUGACUCAACAAAAGAAUAUAUUUUUAAAAAUGACGAUAUCACCAAGUACGAAACGGAUUCAUCAUCAUGUAGAUUUUCCACAAUUUGAAUCUGUUGCAAGAAUAACGAGUCUUCCAAUAUUUGAAAGUAGCAUUCAUAUUGCUGGAAAUGUUUAUGACAAAAUUAAGCAAUCAAAUUCAUUGAUGAACUGGAGCCUUGACACUGCUGAACAAUCAGUUGCAUAUGCAACAGCAACAGCAAUGCCAGCUAUGUUGGUAUUGAAUGGUCCAUUAUUAACACUAGACAAUAUUAUUUGCCGUGGAAUUGAUAUUGUUGAACAACGUGUACCAGCUAUUAAUUUACCACCACAACUUCUGUAUUGGAAUACACGCGACUUUGUCAAUACCAAGUUUGUAAGACCAGUUUUAAAACGAGCAGACAGCGUUAAACAUAUUGGUAGUCAAGCUGCUGAUGCUGCUGCUGAUAGACUUGAUGGUUUAUUGAAUGAUGCUGAUAAAUACGUUGAUCGUUACUUGCCGGCUGAAGAUUCAUCUGAUAAAAUUCAAGAAGAUGCAAAUACAGUAGAGGUGAGUAAAGCCAAACGAACAAUAAAACACGGAGCAAGAUUUUCAAGAAAAUUACAAAGAAGAUUAACACGUCGUACUUUGGCUGAGGCACGUGCACUCAAAGAACAAGGCACAGAGUGUAUACAUGUACUACUUUAUGUUGUUGAAUUAAUAGCAACAGAUCCAAUAAUGGCAUUUAAAAAAAGUAAACAAUUAUGGGCAUCAUUGAGUUUACCCGAACCAGAAAAUCAAUCACGUCCAGCAACACUUGAACAAUUGUUGGUUUUAUUGACACGUGAAUCAGCAAGAAGAAUUGUUCAUGUUGUCAAUGGUACAGCUGCACUUGCAUCAACAGCACCACGUCGUUUUGGUAUUGCUCUUAUGACUAUAUCUCAUCAAUUAUUAACAAUUGCUGAUGCAGCACUCAAGAUGGCUCCAAUAAUUGGAAAACGUGAAAAAACAAAUUCUCAAAUAUCAUUCAUUGAAACAACAAUAUCAAAAUUAAAUUACACGACAAAUUUAUUCAUGGAACAAACUGCAAUACUUCUGGCUGGACGACCAAAGCCAAAAAAAUUAACGUCAUCACAGAUUGAUCAAAAUAAUCAUUUGCCAUCACUAAAUCAACCACUCAAUGGAUUGGAUCAAGAAUAAUAUCUGAAUAAAAAACAAAAAUACAAUUGUAAAUUAUCAUUGUAUUUUUUUUGAAAAAAAAAUAAAUAUAAAAUAUUAUUAUAUCCAACAU